GCAGCAGCAGCAACAGCAGCAGCAGCAGCAGCAGCAGCAGCAGCAGCAGCAAGACAUGCAGCGGCUGCUUGGCUUGGCCUCCGCCUGUGUUGGGUCUUUCAUUCAACACAAAAGCCAGCUCAAGGAACUACAACCAGGCGGCCCCAGGUGCUGCAGCAGCAGAGCAGCACAACGGCAGCAGCAGCAGCAGCAGCAGCAGCAACGGUAGCAGCAGCAGCAGCAACGGUAACAGCAGCUACUGCAACGGCAGCAACAGCAACAGCAGCAGCACUAUAAACGGCACCAGCAUAAACAACAGCAGCAGCAACAACAACAACAAAAACAACAACAGCAACAGCAGCAGCAACACCAGCAGCAGCAGCAGCAGCAGCAGCAGCAGCAGCAGCAGCAGCAGCAGCCGCAACAACAUUCUUAUGGAUAUGUGGGAGCAGCAGCAGCCCCCAACAGACCAACCAAAAGAGGUUGCAGCAUAUUUGCUGCGUAUGUGGUGUUUGAGUGUCUCUGGUGAGGCAUUCGGCCUGAACGCCCCGCCGCCGCAGCAGCAGCAGCAGCAGCAGCUGCAGCAGCAGCAGCAGCAGCAGCAGCUGCAGCUGCAGCUGUCUCGAGUUUCUGUCCCUGCUGAACUGGGGGACCUCUGCAUCAGUUUGCUGCUGCUGCUGGCGUUUCACUCGCCCCCAGGGGCCCGCAUUGCAGCAGCAAUGGAGGCGCAGCUGCAGCAGCACAUGCUGCAGCAGCAGCAGCAGCAGCAGCAGCAGCAGCAACAGCAGCAGCAGCAGCAGCAGGAGGAUUCCUUAACUGUCGCAGAAAGGCUGAGCCUGUUGUCUGUUAAGGAGCAGCAGAAGCAUAUUCUGCUGCACUACCUGCAGCAAAAAGAAGCAACUGCUGCUGCUGCUGCUGCUGCUGCUGCUGCUCCUGCUGCUGCUGCUGCUGCUGCUAGGACGGGUCAGGCAAGCCACCGCGGCGCUCUGACGCAAAAAGAAGAAACUGCUGCUGCUGCUGCUGCUGCUGCUGCUGCUGCUGCUGCUCCUGCUGCUGCUCCUGCUGCUGCUGCUGCUCGGACGGGUCAAGCAAGCCACCGCGGCGCUCUAACGGUGAGAGGUUAUUACUUGCUGCAGCAGCAGCAGCACAAACAGCAGCAGCAGCAGCAGCAGCAGCAGCAGUACAAACAGCAGCAGCAGCAGCAGCAACAGCAGCAGCAGCAGCUAUCGCAUUCCUUUGCUCCCCAACGAUUGCAGGUUGUAGCUGAAGUGCCUGGGGACAGCAGCAGAAAGCUGCAGGAUAUAUCUCUCGGCUCUAUCAUCAUACUCACGGCAUUGAAAUUCAUCACAUGGUUUGCUGCUGAGAAGCUGGUGGAGCUGCUCGCCUCUCUCACGCGCCGUCUGCUGCAGCGGCUGCCUCUCCCUGCUUCUGCUGCUGCUGCUGCAGCAGCAGCAGCUGCUGCUGCAGGUACUGCUGCUGCUGCAGUCAGCCCUCAGGAGUUUGCAGCAGCAGAAGCAACAGGAGCAGCAGCAGCAGCAGCAGUAUCUGCAGCAGCACAAGACAGCAACAACAGCAGCAGCACCAGCACUACCAGCACCAGCACCAGCAGCACCAGCACCAGCACCAGCAGCAGCAGCAGCAGCAGCAGCAGCAGGAGCAGCAGCAGCAGGAGUGUGUAUAUGGAUAUUGAUUGCAUGAUAUUAAUAUACAAAUCUAUUUUGUUAUUUAUUUGUUCUGCGCUGAAACCCUCAACUGCAGCAGCAAACCCGCAGCUGCUGCUGGCGCUGCUGCGGCUGUUUCCCCCUAUACACGGGCAGCAGCUAAUACAACGCAUGCAGGCAGCAACAUAUGUGCUGCAGCAGCAGCAGCAGCAGCAGCAGCAGCAGCAAGAGAAUGAGAUGCGGCAACAGGAGAAACAGCAGAAACAGCAGCAGCAGAACAGUGAACAGAACCAUCAACAGCAGCAGCAGCAAGAGCAGCAGCAGCAGCAGCAGCAGCAGCAGAACGAGCAGCAGCAGCAGCAGAAAGAGCAGCAGCAGCAGCAGCAGCAAGAGAAUGGUGUGUGUAUGAUGAGAGAUGAAUCUGCUGAGAAAAAGAGACAGAGACAGAUGGAGACCACCAGGUCAGCAGCAGCAGCAGCAGCAGCAGCAGCAGCAGCAGCAGCAGCAGCAGCAGCAAGAGCAGCGGGGGUAGCAGCAGAAAUAGGAGCAGCAGAGGCUAUAGCAGCAGCAGCAGCAGCAGCAAUAGCCGCAGCAACAGCAAACAGCAGCAGCAGCAAAAGCAGCAGCAACACAGAACAGCAGCAGCAGCAGCAGCAGCAGGAGCAGCAGCAACAGAGAUAA